CCGUUGGGAGAUGAGAGGGCUGCCGAGGAGUGGGAGAAUCCGCUCUGGACAUCACUGCUCCCUGGGAUUACUCUCAAUGAGUUCGCUAUAAACAGCUUGACUUACAUAACAGCUAGUAACUCAGUUAGGGCACCCUUCAGCUACCUGGCUUGUAUAUUUCCAGGUCGGGAGACACGCUUGUAUAGAUUUUAUUUCGGAAUAGACCGCCAUUGAAUUUUUUUCUUUCGCCUCAUAGGUGUGAGUGCGGUCGUUGCGGCGGAUAACUUAGAGGAGGUGAAUUUAAAGAGCGCUCAUUAUGUCAGUGGUAGGCAUUGAUGUGGGUUUCCAAAACUGUUACAUCGCUGUGGCCAGGAGCGGUGGCAUUGAAACCAUUGCCAAUGAAUACAGUGACAGAUGCACACCGGCUUGCGUGUCUUUGGCCUCCAAAAAUCGCAUGAUUGGAAAUGCAGCCAAGAGUCAAAUUAUAACAAACUUCAAAAAUACAGUCCAUGGCUUCAAAAAGUUCCACGGCAGAGCAUUUGAUGACCCAUUCGUCCAGGCGGAAAAACCCAAAUUGCCUUACAGCUUACAUAAACUGGCAAAUGGAAACACUGGAAUUAAGGUGCGCUAUCUGGACGAGGAUAAAGCGUUCACAGUUGAGCAGAUCACGGGGAUGCUGCUCACCAAGCUGAAGGAGACGUCAGAGAGCGCCUUGAAGAAGCCGGUGGUGGACUGUGUCAUCUCUGUCCCAAGUUUUUUCACAGAUGCUGAAAGGCGGUCGGUGUUUGAUGCGACUCAGAUUGCAGGACUGAACUGUUUACGGCUCAUUAAUGAUACGACUGCAGUGGCUUUGGCUUAUGGGAUCUACAAGCAAGACCUUCCUACUCCAGAAGAACGGCCAAGAAAUGUGGUAUUUGUAGACAUGGGACAUUCAUCGUUCCAGGUCUCCAUCACUGCUUUCAACAAAGGCAAACUCAAGGUCCUCGCCACAGCGUUCGACCUGUACCUUGGAGGGCGUAACUUUGACGAAACACUGGUGGAUUACUUCUGCGAGGAGUUUAAGGGCAAGUACAAGCUGAACGUGAGGGACAACCCUAGGGCUCUGCUGCGGCUGCACCAGGAGUGCGAGAAACUGAAGAAGCUCAUGAGCGCCAACUCCUCGGACCUGCCUCUGAACAUAGAGUGCUUCAUGAACGACAUUGAUGUUUCCAGCAGGAUGAACAGGAUGCAGUUUGAAGACAUGUGUGCUCAGUAUCUGAUGAGAGUGGAGAUGCCACUGAAAGCAGCCCUUGAACAAUCAAAGUUGAGUCGGGAUGAUAUCUAUGGAGUGGAGAUAGUUGGAGGAGCUACAAGAAUGCCAGCAAUCAAAGAGAGGAUCGCCAAGUUUUUCGGCAAAGACAUCAGCACCACACUCAACGCAGACGAAGCUGUAGCAAGAGGCUGUGCACUUCAGUGUGCAAUUUUGUCUCCAGCCUUUAAAGUUCGUGAAUUCUCCAUCACUGACGUGGUUCCCUUCCCCAUUACUCUGCGCUGGAAGUCACCAACAGAGGAUGGAUUGGGAGAGUGUGAGGUGUUCAGUAAGAAUCAUGCUGCUCCUUUUUCCAAAGUGAUCACCUUCCACAAGAAGGAACCGUUUGACCUCGAAGCCUUCUACAGUUGCCCUCAAGAGCUCCCUUACCCGGACCACAGGAUAGGCCGUUUUUCUGUACACAAUGUGGUUCCCCAGCCCGAUGGAGACAGCUCUAAAGUCAAAGUCAAAGUGCGCGUCAACGUCCACGGCAUCUUCAGUGUAUCCAGCGCUUCCCUGAUUGAGAAGCAGAAAGGGGAAGGAGAAGACAUGCAAAUCGACUCAGAGCCACUGGUGCAGAAUGAAGGCAGAGCAGAGGAACAGACUAAAAUGCAGGUGGACCAGGAAGGCCAAAGCCAGGGGGAGCAGCAGAACGAGGACAGCAGCGCAGAUUUCCAAAUCCAGGAGGGGGCAUCUGGAGAAAAGCAGGAUCCAGCGGCAGGAGGGAGCAAGCCCAAAGUCAAGGUGAAGAGUAUUGAUCUUCCCAUCGUGGCCAACAACAUCCGACAGCUUGACAGUGAUGUCCUUAGUAACUUUGUGGAGUAUGAGCGCCAGAUGAUUAUCCAGGACAAACUGGUGAAAGAGCUGAAUGAUGCUAAAAAUGCUGUGGAGGAAUAUGUAUAUGAUCUGCGUGACAAACUUUGUGGGAUGUAUGAAAAGUAUGUCACCGAGGAGGACAGUAACCGGCUGACGCUGAUGCUGGAGGACACGGAGAACUGGCUGUAUGAGGAUGGAGAAGACCAGCCCAAACAAGUGUAUGAGGAGAAGCUAGAGGGACUUAAGAGGUUGGGUCAGCCCAUUCAGGACCGGCACAGAGAGCAUGAGGACCGGCCGAGGGCUUUUGAAGAGCUGGGGAAGAAACUGCAACUCUACAUGAAGUUUGUAGAUUGCUACAAACAGAAGGAUGAGCGAUACCUGCAUUUGGUUGCAGAAGAAAUGAACACUGUGGAAAAGUGUGUGAAUGAAAGCAUGGGCUGGAUGAACAGCAAGAUGAAUGCGCAGAGCAAACUCGCUAUAACCCAAGAUCCCGCUGUUAAAGUAGCAGACAUAAUUGCCAAAAUCCAGGAGCUGGAGGACGUAUGUAAUCCAGUCAUCAACAGGCCAAAGCCCACAGUGGAGGAGGCCCCUGAAGUGAAUGAUCAGAACAGUGGAGCUCAUAAUGGCCCGACAGCUAAGCAAGGAGCAGAGGGGAAGGGAGAUGCGAAGGGAAGCCAGCAGACAAAGCCUGGAACAAAAGAGAUGGAGGUGGACUGAAAUUGGUCUCUGAUGGGUAAACUCUGCAGCCAUCACUGCGUUUACCAUCACGUACCAUUUAGACAGUAGAAGCAUCAGUACCUGGGACCAUCGCCUGGGAUCAUUCCUCACCAGCCACCUCUGUGGAUCUGUUUGUGUGUCUCCCCCGAUUGGACUUUACCUUUUGAGGUUUUCUGUUUUCACCCUUCCAUCCUUAUGUGUGACAAUGGUGUGCUUUACUCUCUCAAAGGUUUGACAUACCUAAUAAAUUAAAGAAUGAUGCAAUAGAUUAAACUCUGA